AAGGAGAGGGCUCCGCCGCGCGGAGCACCCCGCUUCGCUGCGAGCCCUGAGCCAGGGAGGGCCGGCCCCCAGGCUGCAGCUGUUCUGCGCAGUCCCCAGGUCGUAUCAUUUGGGCAAUGCCACUUGCUUUGUGGACAGCGUUGGCCCUGGGGGCCAUUGUCAGCUCCUCCAAGGAAGGGUCUUCAGAUCUCCUCUCUUGCGACCCUGCUGGCAUCUGUGAUGGGCGCUCCAGAUCUUUCCAGUCUAUUCCAUCAGGACUUGUGGGAACCAUGAAAAGCCUUGACCUGUCCAACAAUGAGAUCACCUCUAUUGGCCACAGUGAUCUGCAAAAGUGUGUGCAGCUGAGAGCUCUGAGGCUGACGUCCAAUAGAAUUCACAUGAUCGACGAAGAUUCUUUCUCCUCCUUGAGCAGCCUUGAGCACUUGGACUUAGCCAGUAAUCUUCUAUCUAAUUUGUCAGCUGCCUGGUUCAGGCCUCUUUCUUCUCUGAAAUUCUUAAACUUACUGGGAAACCCUUACAGAACCCUGGGGGAGAUGCCUCUGUUUUCUCCCCUUGCAUGUUUGCGAAUCCUUCGCAUAGGAAACCCAAACACCUUCAUGAAGAUUCAGAGGAAGGAUUUUGCUGGCCUCAGCUUCCUGGAGGAAUUGGAGGUUGAUGCCUCCAACCUCCAGGAUUACGAGCCUGAGGGCCUGAGGUCCAUUCAGAACAUCAGUCACCUGAUCCUGAAUAUGAGACAGCCGACUUUGCUGUUGGACAUCUUCCCAGACCUCUUGAGUUCUGUGGUCCACCUGGAGCUGAGAGAGACCGAUCUGAACUAUUUCCGUUUCUCGGGGCUAACUGUCACUGAACUGAAUCCCCGGAUCACAAAGUUCACGUUCAGAAAUGUGAAGAUCACCGACGAGAGCAGUAAUGAGGUACUGAAACUAUUGACUUACACUACUGGAUUAUUAGAAUUAGAGUUUGAUGACUGUACCCUGAAUGGAAUUGGUGACUUUCAGAUGGUUGAUAAAGACACAAUUCAAGAUCUAGGUAACGUGGAAACACUAACGAUACGUAGCCUGCAUAUCCCCAAGUUCUACUUAUUUUAUGAUAUGCAUACUAUCUAUUCCCUCACAGAAAGACUUAAGAAAAUCACAGUAGAAAACAGCAAGGUUUUCCUGGUGCCCUGUUCAUUUUCCCAACAUUUGAGAUCAUUAGAAUACUUGGAUCUUGGUGAGAAUUUGAUGGUUGAGGAAUACUUGAAAAAUUCAGCCUGUGAGAAUGCCUGGCCCUCCCUACACACGUUGAUUUUAAGGCAAAACCAUUUGACUUCGUUGGAAAGAACUGGAGAGAUUCUGCUGACGCUGAAGAACCUGACUGACCUCGACAUCAGUAGGAACGGUUUCCACGCUAUGCCUGACACCUGUCAGUGGCCCGAGAAGUUGGCCCGUCUGAACUUAUCCAGCACGCAGAUUCACAGUCUAACCUCCUGCAUUCCGCAGACACUGCAAGUGUUGGAUGUCAGUAACAACAACCUCAAUUCGUUCUCAUUGACUUUGCCAAAGCUGCAAGAACUGUACAUUUGCAGAAAUAUGCUGAAGACUCUGCCAGGGGCUGCCUCCUUACCCAUGCUACUAGUGCUGAAGAUAAGCAGGAACACAAUCAACACCUUUUCAAAGGAGCAAGUAGAGGCCUUUCAGCAGCUCAAGACUCUGGAAGCUGGAGGCAACAACUUCAUCUGCUCCUGCGAGUUCCUGUCUUUCAUGCAGGAGCAGAAAGCACUGGCCAAGGUCCUGACAGACUGGCCAGAGGGUUACCUGUGUGAUUCGCCAUCCCACGUGCGUGGCCAGAGGGUGCAAGACGUGCGCUUGUCGGUGAUUGAGUGUCACAAGGCAGCUGUAGUGUCUGGCGUGUGCUGUGCCCUCAUCUUGUUGAUGCUGCUCACAGGGGUCCUAUGCCACCGUUUGCACGGACUGUGGUACCUCAAGAUGAUGUGGGCCUGGUUGCAGGCCAAAAGGAAGCCCAAGAAAGCUCCCAGCAGGGACAUCUGCUAUGAUGCAUUUGUGUCCUACAGUGAGCAGGAUUCCUACUGGGUGGAGAACCUUCUGGUCCAGGAGCUGGAGAACUUCAACCCCCCAUUCAGGCUGUGUCUUCACAAGCGAGACUUUGUUCCUGGCAAGUGGAUCAUCGACAACAUCAUCGACUCUAUUGAGAAGAGUCACAAGACUGUCUUUGUGCUGUCAGAGAACUUUGUGCAGAGUGAGUGGUGCAAGUACGAGCUGGACUUCUCGCAUUUCCGCCUCUUUGAUGAGAACAAUGACUCUGCCAUUCUUAUUCUCCUGGAACCCAUUGAGAAAAAGGCCAUCCCCCAGCGCUUCUGCAAGCUGCGCAAGAUCAUGAACACCAGGACAUACCUGGAGUGGCCCUCCGAGGAGGAUCAGCACGCCAUGUUCUGGGUGAACUUGAGGGCUGCCAUCAAGUCCUAGGUUCCUAUGCCAAAGCCAAACUUGAUCUUAGUUGUGGUCCUUACAGGCCAAGUUAUGAUGGGCUUAACAAUUAUAUGAUAAUCAUGUGAAUGCACUUUCAUUUGAUGACUGGCUUACUACAACUGUUGAAACUGUUAAGAUGUGACCUUGUACAAAAACAGCAGAUCCGGAAUGGUGGGUCUACAAGAUGAUCAUGAUCUGAGGUCCAUUAUUUAUAUCUGAAUGAAACAAAGUAAAUGCUCCCUUCUUUGGGAAUGAAUGCAAAUGGACUGAAUUUUUCAAAUAACUGGGUCAGGUCAGUUAGCCUUCUGUAAGGAGACUCGCUGGUAACCACAGAGUGAGCUCUGCCUCAUCCAAGCAUCAUCACCUCUCCCUGUAUUUGCUCUCAAGAGCACCGAGGGAAAGCUUUGGGGACAUUCAGUAAAACUUGCUAUGCCAUCUUGGAAACCAAGAACUGUGGAUCCCCAUUAAUCUUGAAAGGAAACAGAAUGCCAAAGGGGGUACCUUUGUGGGAACCAGGGUCUGGCUGGCUCUCUAACAGAUUUCCUCAGCCAAAGUCACUCGGGAGAGGACAUGGAAGACAAAGAACACUAAAUUGUGUUUUCCCAUGAGAACAAAGCUGUGACAGUCAAUGGAAUACUGAGUUUGGGAGACCUGGGAAACAGUCUUCCACACGCUGCUUUACGUCUUCAGCACCUGCUUCAAUUCUAAUUGGUGUCUAGUUACUUUUGGUCAUUCAUCCUGACAUUAGUUGUUUUAUUUAUUUAUUUUUUCAUCUUUGGGAAAAAAAAAUUUCUAACUCCAGAAAAAGUCUUCCUUGCUUUUCCUUCUAAAAAUUUUUAAAAGUUUAAUGUCUCAAAAUAGUCCAAUACAAGAGAAUUUAAAGAUAGAUACCACUAGCAUGUGUUAAUGCUGGUCAUCAAGAUUUAAACACCAUAAAUGUCAGCGUAUCAUUCUUUGCUAAGAGCCACCUAGUGUUCUAUGUGCCUUUCUCCUGACUCUGGGAACCACUGUGCAAGGAAGCGAGCCUCUAUAUCAACCAAGAUGGGGUUUCUGUGGCCGAAUGGACUCUGGGGUUGGAAAGACCUAUCUUAGUAGAUUGGGAAUUUUGGCCAUGAUGUUGGACCUGACCCCAAAUGUUUUCCUGAUCUUGCGGUAGGGAUAAUUGUCUCACCAUCCUUGGGGGCUGAGGGUUUGCAGUAUUAUAAGCAAACCCCAGAGUGUACUACCCUUGGUUAGCACCCCUCUGAAGGGGCGAGCAUGACAAAGCUCCUCACUGAACCUGGGACGCGCAGGUGUCUGGGUGGGGUAUGAAGAGGGACUGCAGGAGGUGCUAGCUACUGCUCUUCUUUUCCUAUAAGUCUUUUCUCCCUUACAUAGUAUUGCUUCUAAAUGGUUAUUAUUUUCCAGUAAAUGUUCUACCUUAUAUCUUA